AUGGCCCCUCCUACUCCCACCUCUAACCCUUUCGCCGCCAUGAGGAACUUUGGUGGUAUGGUGUCGUCUGCUCUUUCCUUCGGUGAUAGGUCUCGCCAAGUUUCCUCUCUUGGCCUCGGCACUCUUUCCCUGGGGGAACCGUCUGGCGCCGCCUCGCCUCCUCGCUCUGCUUCUCCUCCCGCCAGUCCUCCUGCCGGUUCUCCCGCCCGUUCUCCCUCCGCUUCUCCUCCUACCGCCAGCCCUCGCCGCAGGACGCCCGCCUUUCGUCCUGACUUCGAAGGAAAAGGGGGUGAUUAUAGUGAUGAGGAGGAUCAGGAUCGUGAGGGUGAAACUGAGUUAGAAGAUAUCUCAGAUGAUGAUAUGGUGGCGGUUAGUGUAGAGGAUAACAAUGUUGAUAGUCCUGAGUCCGCUCCUGCCCCUCCCCCUGCUCAAAUUGUGGGCCAGAAACGACGCCGUUCCCUCUCCUCUUCUUCUUCUUCCUCUUCUUCUUCUUCCUCUUCUUCUUCUUCCUCUUCUUCUUCCUCUUCCGGGGUUCUCCCCCCCCCCAACGCCAUCGCCGCUGCCGCCGCUGCUGCCGCCGCCGCCGCCGCCGGUCCUGCUGCCGGUCCUGCUGCCGCCCCCCCCGUCGCUGCUCCCCCCCCUUCUCCCAGAGGGGAGCCUUCGCCCAAACGGGUGAAGAGAUCACUGCGGGAAGAAGAGUACUUGUGGGAGAAGAUGAAGUCCGAGCCUGGUCGUUGGAUCGCGGUUGGUGUUGACGAAGCGUGUGAUCGUUGCCGACGUGAGAUUAUCACGUAUAAUCGUCCAAACUGGCCCUGCCUCAAGGCAGUCAGGCCACACAACAAGGCCCUCCGUUGUGCUUCAUGCACGUCUGGCCCCUGCUCCUUCUGUCCCGUUUCCUCUGCCCGGGACAUCCCGCCCCGUCCCUUCGACGCUUCUCCUCUCCCCCCUCCCCAGACUCCAGCGUCUGUCCCCCGUUCGCGGGUACCGUCUUCGUCUCUCCGGUCGGUUCGCCGUACUUCGCCGGACCUCCGCCCGUCGCCUCCGUCGCCGUCGCCCUUCGCUCCUGUGGCCGGCCCAUCACGUCUCCCGGCUGUUCCUCCUUCGUCUUCUCGCCGUCCUUCGGCCUCUGCUCCUUCGGCCUCCCGUCCUUCGGCGCCACGUCCGUCCUCUCCAGUGGUAGCUUCUCCUCCGGCUCACAGCACCCGAAGUCGGCGUCCUUCUGUUCCUCCGGCCACUUCGGCGGCCCCUCCCGUCACCCCUCCCUCUGCUUCCCAGAGGACACCGAAGUCUUCUUUAAAGAAAUCAAAAGGGAAAUCUAAAGGGAAGGAGGUUGCCUUCAAUGACGGUGAUGUGGAAGGUGAAGAUACUCAGCGUGCUGGUCCCUCUGCUCCCCGGUUGUCCCUCGUCCACCCUCGUAUCUCCCUGGACGUCCGUAUUCCUGAGGACGAAAAGGAAUUCGCCACUUAUCGUUCUCUCGUCCUUGGUCUCACUACUCAGCUCGAGGCCGCCCGAAAUGAUACAUCUCUCCUGCUUGACUUCUCUUCUCGUCAAGCUAACGCUUUAAACAAUCUCACUGCGGCGUUAGUAGAUGCAGUCAACACUGGGGCUCUGGACGACGGAGCAAGGACGAGGUUAGCGGACGUCUCUCGCCGAAGCCUUACUGAGAUAGCCGAUGUUCGCCGAAGACUGUUCGACACCCCCUUCCUGGUCACUCCUAUGGCGUAUGAGCCACCACCGUCCCUUGACUGGUUAGGUCGCCGUAGUAGUUCUCGUGUCCCAGCUUCCGCCCAGACUGCUCUCGACCUCCUCAGUCUUCCCUUCGAGUGUCUACGGACCAUACGUUCUCUGUGGAGGACCCCGAGCAUGCAAGCUGCUCGAGAUGUCCAGGACUUCGGUGACUUCUUCGGGGCUAUGAAUCGGGCAUGGAAUGCUUCUCUCUCUACUGCGUUCCCGUCUGAGACUCUCGAUCUACCUUCGGUCAUCGGUAGCCUCCACACCAAUCCCGCGGGACCGAGUAGAUCGAAGGAGAAAGGAAAAGGAAAAGGUAAGGGUAAGAGUAAGGACAAGUGA